CGGCGCGCACCACACGCCACCGGAUAUCAGCGACGAGCAGGAACAUGGCGUCCACGAUGGCGUUCUCGGUCUCCGCGACCGCCUCCACGAAGCGCGUCGAUCUCGCCGCGUCCAAGUCCAGCGGCUUCGUCGGCGCGCGCGUGCGCGCGGCGACGCCCGCGCGAGCGACGAAAUCCGCCGCGACGUUCGCCGUGCGCGCGGACGGCGACGAGCGCCUGCGACUGCACAACCUCUCGCCGCUCCCGGGGAGCCGCAAGAAGCCGACGCGCAAGGGCCGCGGCUACGGCGCCGGACAGGGCGGCACGUGCGGCUACGGCAUGCGCGGCCAGAACGCGCGCUCCGGCCCCGGCUCGCGCCCCGGCUUCGAGGGCGGCCAGACCCCGAUGUUCCGCAGAUUCCCCAAGCUGAAGGGCAUCGCCGGCGGGAUGGGCGCGGGGAAGCCGAAAUACGUCACGGUGAACGUCGCCGACAUCGCCGCCGCGGUGGCGAGCGCCAAGCUCGACGCGGGCGCGGAGGUGUCCAUCGAGACGCUCAAGUCCGCGGGCGUCGUGAAGGCGACGGGGUACUACAGGAACUUGCCGCUCAAGGUGCUCGGCGAUGGGGAGAUGUCGUCUGGGGGCGUGACGGUGGCGGCGACUGCGUUUUCGGAGACGGCGAUCGCGAAGAUCGAAGCCGCGGGCGGGAGCGUGAAGAUGGUGCCGAAGAAGGUGAAGUGGAGCCGCGAGGCGGCGAAGGCAGCGGCGGCGGCGAGCGCGUGAGGGAGAGAGAGAAGAGAGAGGCGUGGCGCGGGCACGGGAAGGAGGAUCAUUGCGUAGCAAGCAGCGAGAAGGUGUAGUAUACUAUGACGAUUCCGCUCAUCAUUC